CAAAACUCUGACCGAACUGCAUUGAAUCGUCGUCCGUCGUCAACCAUCAUACCGGAGCUCAAAGUGUACCAACGAAAGAUGGGACUUUUGUUCACGGUAGCUGAAGUCCUGAUCUCGUUGCUCUGCAUUGUGCUUCUCGGGGUGCUUUCGGCGAUCGUCCUCGAAGCUUACCGGAGGCGACACAAUCACGCACAUCUGGAAGCUCCGCCGGUAUUCGAGGAUCCAAAUUCGUUGAAGAAGGUUCAAUGUCCCUCUAUACACGAUCCUGCAGAAAAAUAUAUCUCUCUAAUAGUUCCUGCGUACAACGAAGAACAUCGACUCCCUGGAGCUAUUGAUGAGACCAUGAAUUAUCUUCAGCAACGUGCGGCAAAGGACAAGUCUUUUUCUUACGAGGUCAUAAUUGUUGAUGACGGGAGUAAAGAUGAAACAGCAAGAGUGGCAUUCAACUUUGUGAAAAAGCAUACAGUGGACAAUGUCAGAGUCAUCCUCCUUGGUAGAAAUCAUGGAAAGGGAGAGGCAAUUAGAAAAGGAAUGCUUCAUGCCCGUGGUGAAUUGCUUUUAAUGCUAGAUGCUGAUGGGGCAACCAAAGUUAAUGACCUUGAGAAACUAGAAAAUCAGAUUCAUGUAGUUGCCAGACAGGACUUCCAUUAUGGAGAUUCGGCAAGCAAUGAUUCAAGUUUCAGAAUAUCUGAUAUUCCUAUUGCUGCAUUUGGUUCUCGUGCACAUCUGGAGGAGAAGGCUUUGGCUACAAGGAAGUGGUACCGCAACUUUUUAAUGAAGGGUUUUCAUCUUGUGGUAUUAUUAACUGCCGGUUCUGGAAUUCGUGACACACAGUGUGGUUUCAAGAUGUUCACAAGGGCUGCGGCACGGAAGCUUUUCACUAACGUCCGUUUGAAACGGUGGUGCUUCGAUGUGGAGUUGGUUUUCCUGUGCAAAUGGUUUGGCAUUCCGAUGGUAGAGAUAUCUGUCAAUUGGUCUGAAAUUCCUGGGUCAAAGGUGAACAUGUUAAGCAUUCCAAACAUGCUUUGGGAGCUUGCGCUCAUGUCAGUGGGAUAUAGGACCAGAAUGUGGAAAAUCCAUUGUUGAGCCAUUCUUUUGUUGACCAACCUUCGCUCUCGCAGCAAAUCACUCAAGCAGGUCGUUGCAAAGGCUGUGGAGAACCUUAAAGAGCCAUUUUCAACGUUACACGCCUUGGAAAGAUGCAUCUGAACUUGAAAAGAUGCUACUCUAUUUUGAGCUCUUUCGAUACAUCCAAUCCAAUAGGCUAACACUAAUGGUUCAAGUUCAUCAAAAUGACUGGGGGCGGUGGCUUCUUUUUUUCAAAGACUAUUUACCCUUUUGCAGGAAACUGGAACCUUUACCAUCUUAGAGAGUGAAUACUUUACUUUCCUCAGAGACUCUAUGUAUGUCUCCUACGAGAAAUUCCUUUUGAUCUCUAGAAUGGAUACGACUUUUCUA